AUGUCUGGUUUUCUUUCUCUACGCGAUUUAGGAGUAAAUGAUGUCAACGAGCGUCCGAAACCACCGUCAGUGAAGCUUGCUGAGCGUUGGAAUGAAAGAGAUAAGAAACCAACAACAAUGGUUUUCACACAACAAACAAUUGAUUCGGAACAAGAUGCACUAAAUAAAAAGAUUGCUGAAAAGCAGGCUGACAUACAAUUUUUGAUGCAAAAAUCUACAUAUUAUUCACGAAACUCAAUUAAUUUUGCAAAUGAAGAAAUUAAUUCGCAAAAAUCAUCAAUUAUAUCUCUUAACUCAUCACCUUCUAAAUCAUCUGCAAGAAAUCCUCCAUCACCACUUCGUUCACCAAGUAAUUCCACAUUUAAUACAAGAUCAACUAAUCCAUCAGGAUUUUAA